AUGCGUCAGGCAUUCUUUUUUUCUUCUCUUAUUAUCUCAGCUAUUGUGACUUCUGUUGGAGUCAUUGCAAAUCUGUUCAUUGCAGUGAUCAAUUACAAGAAUUGGGUCAAAAGCCACAAGAUCUCCUCUUCUGAUAGAAUCCUGUUCAGCUUGGGCAUCACCCGAGUUCUCAUCCUGGGACUGAGUACUAUUUUCUCCAUCUCUUCAAGUAUUCGAAGGUCAGUCUCCAUAUCCACUUAUUUUCUGUCGUGUUGGUUGUUUUUGGACUCUAAUAGUCUUUGGUUUGUAACCUUGCUCAACGCCUUGUACUGUGUGAAGAUUACUAACUACCAACACCCAGUUUUUCUCCUGCUGAAACGAAAUCUCUCCCCCAAAAUGCCCAGGCUGCUGCUGGCCUGUGUGCUGAUUUCUGCCUUUACCACUCUCCUGCAUGUUGUGCUCCGAGAAGCAUCACGCUCUCUGGAAUUGGUGACCGGGAGAAAUGGCACCGUCUGUGACGUCAAUGAGGAAAUCUUCCUUUUGGUGAGCCCUUGGCUCUUGAGCUCAUGUCUACAGUUCUCCCUUAAUGUGACUUCUGCUUCCUUGUUAAUAAAUUCCUUGAGGAGACACAUCCAGAAGAUGCAGAGAAGUGCCACUGCUCUUUGGACUCCCCAGACCGAGGCUCAUGUGGGUGCUAUGAAGCUGAUGAUCUGUUUCCUCAUACUCUACGUUCCGUAUUCAGUUGCUUCCCUGCUCCAUUAUCUCCCUUCUGUAGCGAGUGAUUUGAGACUCAAGUCCAUUUAUAUUAUUAUUUCCACCUUUUACCCUCCAGCACAUUCUGUUCUCAUUAUUCUCACACAUCCUAAACUGAAAACAAAAGCAAAGAAGAUUCUUCACUUCAAUAAAUAGAGGAGUUUCAAUAAUAGAUGGUGGCUGGAGUCACCUCAUCCAGAGCAGGAUUUUCUUCGUUAGCAGCUUUCCCAGUGGUCUGAGGAAUUCAUUUUUUGUAAUUGCUAAUCUGAUUUCCUAGGCCUUCAAGUACCUGUAUUUCAGUGUAGUCAUAUAUAUAUAUAUAGCUAAUAUUUUUAAAUUAGGCACUUUCUCUGAGGAACUUGUUUAGGGUCAUUGCUUAUCAUGUAUUUUGCAUGGGUGUUGCAUUCCUGGAUAACGGAAAUCACCAUGUUGUUCUACUGGCUUCUGAAGUAUAAUGAGAAGUUCUCCCAGUUUAGGCAGUGCAUUAAGGUUCAUGUCUUUAGUUAAAUUGUUGAGGUUUAGCUGAGGAACCCUGGAAAAGGGCUCAGCAAUAGAUAAAUGGUCAUUGGGAACCGCUACACUGGCUUAAAGCAUAGCAAGAGGUGCAAAGAACAAAGGAGAAAAGGAAAGUGUCAGAGAAGAGAGGAAAGAGAAACAUCAAAAGAACUAGGUGUACAUUGUGGCAGGUGUACAGAAAAAGGGUCCUCAGCUUUCUGAGUGACAGUAACUGACCUAUUACUACCGGGAAACUCUAGGGCUGAAUUUUGGGAUUUGUACUGGAAAGAAUGGAAGGGCCAGAGUUGAUGGGUGGAGGGAAGUGACUAGUAUUAAAGAAGCCCAGUCCAGGAUGGUUUCAAGGAUCUUAAAAUCCAGGGAGCUAGUCUAAGGUCAAAAGCAAGUGCCAAAUAGUGAAAUUAGCACAAUCUGAAUGCGACUUUACCCAAGUGUGUGCCUUAUCAUAUCAUACGGAAUUCAGUGGAAAGUCAAGAGGAGUCAUUGGACUGGUGGUGGGGACAUCUGACUUUUGGUGAAUUUAUGUCAUCUCUGCAUGAAUUUAUGCACUGAAUUUUAUGAGCACUGCAUCAUUCUCCAGGAGAUUGCUGGCUUGUUUGUUUGUUUAAUUGGAACAGCAGGACUGUGGCUACAAAGGAACAGAAAUCUGAAGGCAGAAUAUUGAUGUUCUGAAAUGAAAAUUGGGGAAUGAUAAUUUAUGUAGUUUUUGGUACUUAUAGGGCAUGUAAUAUUUACACAUAUCAAAAUAAAUAAUCUUAUUAAAAUAACAUUCUCUUUAUUAAAAAAGAAAAAACC